AUCCGAUCGUAGGUGGAAUACCGUGAAUACCGCGCUGUCCGCGUUGUCGUUUGGAAUCAAAGUUUAGUGUGUUUUUUGGCAGCUCGUCACGAUGUGUGGCUACGUGACGGCGUUGGUUUUGGUGGCGAUUGUGUCCGCGGCCAGUGCAACCUUUGGAUACGGAUUGCUGGGAGGAGGUGGAUAUGGUUACGAUGGCUAUGGUUCACAAUGGAAUAACGGAGGCUAUGGAGGUUACUAUCCCUACGGUGGAGGAGGCGGAGGUUACUACGGCGGCGGAGGUUACUAUCCUGGUUACUAUCCUGGUGGAGGGGCUGGUUAUGGAUACCCGGGCAAAUAUGGCGGCGGUUAUUACGGAGGAGGGUACGGAGGAUAUAGCGGAGGAUAUGGCGGAGGAUAUGGCGGAGGAUAUGGCGGAGGAUAUGGUGGUCUCCGACCGUACUACCGCUGAAUGGGCAGCAAUUUGUGCUAGGCGAUAGGCUGGCUAGCCCUCAACCCUCCGUCCGUUCGAAUGUGAUACAUUGUUUUCCAUUUUUGAGUAUUUUUUAAACAAUAGAUUUGU